GUGAAGCGAAGAGACGUCACGGACAAACCGGUAAAGGGAUUGCGGGUCUCCAACCCUCGACAAACACGCAGAGCUGAGGCUUAUUUCGAGAAGAGAAAGGGAGCUGUGCUCGAAAAAAAGGAAGUGGAGGGGACUGAUUUUGACAGACCUGGACUGGCCUCCAGCAGCUGACACAAGCCCGGGUUUCAUUUUGUGUGACAUCAACAAAACACUGAUCUGAGGGAGCCUCUGCAUUCUUAGCACACCAGUUCACCACUCCUUCUCCGACCCCCCCCCCCCUCGUGCUACUCCUCUCCAGACCCCCUCGACCUGCCACCAUGACGUCGGAGCUGGAGAGCAGCUUGACCUCCAUGGACUGGCUGCCGCAGCUGACCAUGCGGGCUGCCAUUCAGAAGGCAGACGGCCAGAAUGCUCACGGGCUGGGCAUGGCCAAGAAGAGCGCCUUGCUGGACCCCAACACAACACUAGACCAGGAAGAGGUGCAGCAGCACAAGGACGGCAAACCACCAUACAGCUACGCCAGCCUAAUCACGUUCGCCAUCAAUAGCUCGCCAAAGAAAAAAAUGACACUGAGCGAGAUCUACCAGUGGAUCUGUGACAAUUUCCCCUAUUACAGGGAAGCUGGCAGCGGAUGGAAGAAUUCAAUACGGCACAAUCUUUCGUUGAACAAGUGUUUUCUCAAAGUGCCUCGCUCCAAAGAUGACCCAGGAAAGGGUUCGUACUGGGCGAUCGACACAAAUCCAAAGGAGGACACGCUUCCUACGCGGCCCAAGAAGAGGCCACGGUCUGGAGAGCGGGCAUCCACACCGUACAGCCUGGAGUCGGAUAACUUGGGAAUGGACUGCAUCAUCUCUGGAAGUGCCUCUCCAACGCUGGCAAUCAACACUGUGACUAACAAGGUGGCACUGUAUAACCCUGAACAGGAUGGGAGUGACAGCCCUCGAAGCAGCCUUAACAAUAGCCUGUCCGACCAGAGUCUGGCCUCUGUUAAUCUUAACAGUGUGGGCAGCGUGCACAGCUACACACCGGUGACGAGUCAUCCAGAGCCGGUGUCCCAAUCCAUGAGCUUGCAGCAGCCCCCUCAGGCCCAGUACAAUAUACCAGACCGUGACAAGCAGCUGCUCUUUUCUGACUUUGAAGAUCUCAGUGCCUCAUUCCGCAGCCUUUACAAGACUGUGUUUGAGCAGUCCUACAACCAACAGGGUCUGAUGGGUAUGCCGUCGGAGUCCUCCCAGCAGACCCACACCUCCUGCUCUUACCAACACUCCCCCAGCAGCACCAUCAGCACACACCCUCACAACAACCAGAACAGCAUCACUAACUCUCACAACAACAUUCACAACAGCGGCAGCCAGGUGCCUCUGUCCCACCCCCCUCACUCCGCCCACAACUCACCUCAUGGACAGCACCUCUCCCAGCUUGGCCCUCACACCCAGCACAGCCAGCACCCGCAUACAGCACACAGCCAACACCCACAGCAUACCCAGCACAGCCAGCAUGGACAGCAUCCCUCCCAGCACCAGGCCCACGGCCAGCACACAGCACAGCAACACCAGAAUCUUUCUCACCAGACCCAUCCUGCCCAGCAACAGAUGCAGUGCAAUGCAGGUCUUCCCAGUGACUGGUAUCCCAACCUGGAUGCACUAAAAGAAAGCUGCCGUAUUGCCAGCAGCUACAACUGGGCUGAUGUGGAUCUGUCACCUUUCCAAGGUUUAAAAGAGAGCAUGAGGCAGGCGGAGCUGAAUAACUGGUCUCUGGAGCCCACUCAGAUUGCAGACCUAUGCUCCUCCAUUAAUCAUUUCUUUGCUCACACUGGAAUCCAGACACAGGGGGCAGUGCAGCCUCCAGUGUGCCACAGCUCCAUGCAUCCAAACAAGCCCAGCUCACACAUCAACGCAGGAAACAUGUACAUGGACACGAGACAGAGCUUGAGUUCUAUGAUGGGUCCUCCAGGAUACCCCCAUAUGCCCCCCAUGAGCAGUGCUGGCCCCACUAUAACAGGCCAUCACACUCCGAUGAACCAGCAGCAGAUGAUGCCUGCUGGAAACUGCCAGAUGCGCCGCAUGCCCACCGACGACAUCCAGGAUGACUUUGACUGGGACUCCAUUGUCUAACCCAGUCUCUGUGCGCAAGGAGUGGUGCAGACAAACGAGAGAAGAGCGUAUGGAGGCAGAGUGUUUGUGUUACAGAUCAAGAGGGCUGGACCUGUGGUGUCUGCAUGCCCGUGACAGAAGGCAGAUUGUAACGGGACACUUGAAAAUGUGCAAGUGUUGUUCAUUGUGACCUGAAAGAGACUCCUGUGUUCCUGUUGUUUUUAAGAAACAAAACAAACAAAAAAAUAUUACUUUGAAGACAAUCACAUUUACUAGGACAUGUUUAAGUGAUCGCUUUUAUACUUGCCCAAGGUGCAAGUGGUUCGUGUUUAUGUCAAAAUGUCUCCUGACCCACAGCCUCACUGCAAGCCCGCUCAAUUGCCAAGCUUUUCCCUGCUCUUCAACUGUUGUUCUGUGAUUUUUGAGUGAUCUGUCCGGCUUGUUCUUCCCUGUCAUGAUGAAUAACUCAGGCCUUGACUGCCUAUCAGACAAGAUUGUCUCUCUCAUUUGUGUCUUGAAACUUCCUCUGAGAUGCAAAGCACUUUUCUGAAGAAUAAGGCGACUGUGCAGGUGACAUAGUUUGACACUCAAAGCACCUGAUGUUGUGUUUCAGGUGGCCUUUCAGGUGGACCGUUCAGGCACAAGUAGCCAUCGAGAGGGAAUUUUGCUCUUUGACCCUACACUGUAAUAUGUAGAAAAGUUGCCAUGCAUCUGAAUCAGAUUCUAGCGGAAUAUCAUUGCUCAUAACAAGGCGUUUAAACCACAUUACCUGCAGUAUUUGUACUUGUGUAUCUUUGCUGUCUGAAAUGUAACAUGUGUUUGUCACUAAUAGUUUUAGAAAAGUUUGAACGCGUGUGUCAAGAAGUGACAUUGAUCCAAACCUCACUAUUAUAGGUUUCUCGUUGAUCAUCACUAUACGUUUGCAUGUACAAUCCUCAUUCUUUGUCCUAUAGUCUCCCGGUUGGACUGCACAACUUAGUUUAGGUUCAUUUAAUGCCCUCAGGAUGUGCCACUUAAAAUGUAAUGCAUUGUUUAGGAGCGAUAGCUUUUCUGAUUGGAGAUUUGUGGUAUACUGGAGUGCCCUGUUCAUGUUGCAAAACCAAACUGCUGUGUGCAUCUUUAGACCAGUAUUGAGGAGGAGAUAAAUGUCAUGUCAAGGCGCAUUUGCUUAAUGGUCCGCAAUAAAACACUCUUUAUUUUAACCCCAGGACCAACCAACAUGAAAUUGCUUGCUCUUUGCUGCACUGACAAGGACUUCUGCAGAGAGCAUACCUUCAAUUUAGCAGUUGCUUUUUGGACUGUAAAUGGUGGGUGGAGUGAAAGUUGAGAAAAAGGAGAUGACUAAAAUGGUAAGAUUCACUAAUAGUCAAGUACUCAUUGCUAAUAGUGACUGCUCUAUCAAUUCAAGGGUGUAGUACUCUUAAGUAAGACACACAUAUCUGUAUCUAGUAUACUACCAUCAUCCAUCCAUCCAUCUUCUAAAGCCAUUUGUCCUAUGUAGGGUCAUGGGUAGUGCUGGAACCUAUCCCAGCUGUGUCGGGGCAAAGGCAGGGAAACACCCCGGAGAGCUGGCCAAUCCAUAAUAGCGCAUACUACCAUCAAAUGUUUUAAAACUUUGGUUGCUCAAUGACAACAAACUUGACUAACCAUACCAUGAUCAUUUUAUGAUAUAAGCUGAUUAGAAAGGAUUAGGGCUGUCAGUGAUCACAAUCAUCUCUUUUAAAGAGCACAAAAACUAACGCAGUGUAAGAUCUAGAAUAGUGGAUCCCAGAUUAGACACUGAUAAAUGUGUUAAUCUUCUUCAGGGUAUUUAUCAGUGAGAACAAGCACUUUGAUUAGGCCAAAUUUUAGUGUACUGGGAAAUAUUGGAGACGUUUCAGAAAAGUCAGCAUAAAUUGUGCAGUGAAGAAGAAAAGAGGAGGAGUGCACAUGUUUGUUCAUAGCUUGACAGUUUACGCUUCCAAUUGACUGUGUUUUAUACAUUACUUUCCUCCAACCCUGUGCUGGGUCAUCUUGGCUUUCAUUACUUUUAGGCUUUUGUUUAGUUAUUGAUGAAAGUGUAAGUAAAAUAAUCAAAUGACAAUCAUUUUUUCUCUGUAUUAUAAAAUUUCAAACUAAGUGUUUUAGUAAUUACUAUGUAUUGGCAAAUGAUCCCUAAACAUAAUGGUUUAUAUCAUAUAUGUCCUUAUAGUACAAAAUGGUUGAAUCUGAAGAAAUCAUGUCCAAGUCACAUAUCACCCCAAAAGAAAAAUAAGUUAUAACUUAUAUUCUGCAUAAAGAAAAAUGAAGCCAAAUUUUAGGACCAAUAAGAUUUCCAUUUUCCUUUGUGAUUUUCUUGACAAUUAAGCAAAAUUGCCUUCUUUACUCUUAAGAUUUUUGUCAUUCCCAUUAUUAUCAAUGAUUUCUUAUUUAGAUUAAUUAUACAAAUGAUUAGAUUUCCUUUACUUUUAAUACAGUACUUUUUACAGUAUUACAGUAAAACAUGCUGUAAUUUCUUAUAUAUGACUUAUACUUAUUCAUGACGGUGCAAAACAUCUUAGGCUAUUAAACAACAAUGAUGCUCACGACAUAGGCCGCCAUCUUGCUUGUUUUGGUUGCAUGACUGCGUCUCGUGACAACAAAUACUUAAUCGUUUUCCUGUCCACACUACAACGCCAUUUUCACAUUUAGCAACUUGGGAAAGCGUUUUCAAAAAGCUCAGUUUUCGCUGUCUCAGUGUGGAUAGAAGGCCAAAAUGUAGAGAAAAGAUGCGUUUUCAAACGAAAACAUAUUAGUGUGUGUGUGACUUUAAAUUAGGCUUCGCAUUCUUUAAGCUAAAUAUAACUUUUCUUUUGAUUUUGGGGUGUAAUGUGCAACAGGGCCACACGGGAAGUUUGCAUGUUGCUUCCAAAUGCUUCAGUACCCUGACAUCAGCCAUUUUGGCAUAUGUUCAUGUGCGACCAUUGGUUCAUUGCAUCAGUGCAAUGGUAAGUCAAAUUUUGGUAAGCACAGACCAUGUUUAGCUAAAAAAUUGUUAACCUACUGUUUCCGAAUUCACUGUUAAAUCAGUCUGAAAUGUGACCUAGACAGGUUUUGUGUGAUUCAACCAAAAUAAGAUUUAGAUGGAUUGGGAACCCAGUCAAGCCCAUUUUAUAUUCUGCCUGAUUCUUCACUGAAUCCUUUAACUUAUCAGCUGUUCAGAACCAUUCAACAUAGUACUGAAUCUGAACAUCACCCGGAAACCAAACUUUGCUGCAUAUGUAAUAAACAAGGAUGCUGAAUUUUUGUGCCCGUUCAAAUUGCCUGGUCCUACACGAGAAAAAGGUCGCGCAACUGUUAUCUGCUUGACCCCCAACCGAUUGUUCAAUGUCUAUUCUCAAGCCUGCUUUGGCUCUCUAUGUCCUUUUUGUCCCUUUCUUCUAUUUUUUAUGUCUAGUGUUUUGUUUUGGAUACUGUUAGAGUGUUCGCAAGCAUUGUGAAUCUGGCCUCAGUGUUUAUGUCAUACAAGGAGCUUUCAGACUGCAAACUGGUCAUUUGUGCACUUUGAGAAGAAUUAAGAAGCACAAGCGCUCAUGUUGUUCAUUAACUAAUGGAUCUCGGCACGUUCACUCACUGUUGAGUGAAAGAUUAGUAUUGAUCCACCCUCAUUGUGAACAUUGAUACCAUACUGUGGUGUACACAUUCUGUCAUAGUUUGUCUCGAUAUUGACCUCAGAAGGACUGUCCGUUUAUAGUUGGAAAUAUUUAGUAUUGCCAAUCUAUUUGUGGUAGUGAUGUGUUUGGAUCUCAUGUUUGCCAAAGAGAGUACAUUUAAUUUUUAAUAUUUAAGACAGUAGGUAAUUGGCGUCCUUCCCUGGUGAAGGGAAAAGUCUCAAGAGAAAGCUUAAGGAAGUGCAAGAGAAUAUGAGCUGAAGAGAUGACAGUUCUCUCUCUCUCUCUUCCUUUUUCUCAAAAAAGAAAAAUGAAACAUUGCUCCUUUGAUUUUGUGUUUGUGUUGUGUGAAAGUUGUAAAUGUUUAAGACAGCUCAGUUUUCGUAAAACAAAAUAAAAUGAAAAAAGAAAGAAAAACAAGUGAAGAUGCAUCUGCCAGAGAGAUUACAGUAAUAGAGGAAGAUUCGAGAAGCCUUGUUACAUUUAUGGGAGAAAACUGCCAACAAGUUCUGGUAUUCGGAGCCUAUUUUAUUCAUUGUUGGUGUGAUGUGCUUAUUGUAAAUAUAUGUCUUUUUCAAUUGUCCUUUUUUCCUCUGGGGUGGUGAGGGAUCAAGGUGAGGGCUCAAGGUUCACCUGCGAAAGAAAGGAGGGAGAUGAAUACAGAGUAUUUUGUUAUUGUCCAAUCCAAGGGUGACUCAGUAUGUAUAUAUCUAUAUUGUAUAUAUGUGUUGAAAAUGCAUUGGCUUUUUGUGUGACACUACCUUUUACCUGUACUAUGGUUCAACAUUCAGUGUUUCAAUGUUUAUAUUCUAUUUUAAUCUUUGUUUUCUGUUUGAUUUUGUCCUGGUCAUUUCUUGUAUUUGUUGUUUCCUUUAUUUUCCCCUUAUUGUCUUUUUUGUUAUUGCACGGUUCAUUACUUUUGCUGUCCAGUAAGAUGACACAGCUUAUCUUUGUAUUGGUUUUAGUGCUGUAAAAUAACUCUGAAGUGUCAUUAAGAUUGUCAAUACCACCCCUUCCCCCGAUAUGCAUGAAUGGCACUUAAAGAAAUAAAAUAUGUUAACUUCAC